GAUAGUUUCCGGAUAUAACACAGGGUUUAUACUAUGUAGGACCCAGGUAAUGUUUACUUCGAGACUCUUGAUCUCUUGGUCUUUCUUUCUAUCUCGAGUGUGCUAUCUACCUUCAUUGAAAUGUUCUUACGACGAUCUUCUAGAUUUCUUUCACUUAUACCAAAGAGAUAUUACAUACCAUCUCUCAAACACUAUUCAUCCAUUACCUCAACUAUCUCUCCUCAAAAUGGGUUUCCACACACACACACACCCACCCCCACCCCUCCUCCCUUCAGCACUUCUCCAACCUCCGAGCUUCCACCCCUCUCCAUAAUGCCGCUUCCUCUCCUCCUCAAAUCCUACCUCAUAACCUCCAUUCUUGCCUCCCCAAAAAUUAUCAAGUUCUUCCUUCCUCUUCUCAACAAACUCGCAAAUUCCAGCUCCACGAUCUUAAAUCCCGAUAGAAAUCCAGUGUUGCAUAUGAUCGUCCGAAAAUUCAUCUACGAUCAUUUCAUUGCCGGGGAAAAUGCUACUCAAGUGAGAGCUCGGGUGAAAGAAAUGAAGGGAUUGGGAUUUAGCGGGGUGAUAUUGGGAUAUGCGAGGGAAGUUAAUGUUUCUGGGGGAGAAGUGGGCGGAGACGUAUCAGGGGUGAGCGAGGAGGUAGGGGAGCGAGCUAUUAGGGAAUGGAGAGAUGGACUCAUGAGUACCCUUUCUUUGUUACAACCCGGAGAUUUUCUAUCGCUCAAAUUCUCAGGCGCAGGCCCCCUAGUCCUCCACGCCCUCCAAAACUCCCUCCCCCCACCACCCCUCCUCCUCCAAUCCAUGCAUCUACUCCUCCGCACCGCCGCCUCCCAAUCCGCGCGUAUCUGGCUCGAUGCAGAACAACAAGACUUGCAACACACCAUCGAGUCAUGGACUAUCGAUCUCAUGCGCAUCUACAACACCGGAUCCCAAGCAUUACUCUACACAACCAUGCAAGCAUAUUUAAAAUCCACCCCAUCGAAUAUCCUGAGAUGUUUAAAACUCGCACAGAAAGAGAAUUGGGUGCUGGGCAUAAAAUUAGUCAGGGGUGCGUAUAUUGCUACCGAGAAGCGGGAGUUGAUAUGGGGAAGUAUUGAAGAGACACAUGAGGCCUAUAAUGGAAUUGCUGCUGGUUUGUUAAGUCUAUCGUAUCCGGGGAUGGAUGUCGAGAAAAAUACUGCAAUUAGAGAAAAGACAGAGGGAAUGGGAAAAGAAAAAGCAUAUCCGCGCGCAGAAUUAUUCCUCGCCACGCACAACGAAGAGAGUAUCAAAAAAGCCUAUACACUUCAAAGCUCACGAAUCCUGUCCGGAAAACCCACAAUCGAAUUGGCGUUUGGACAGCUACAGGGAAUGGCCGAUGAGAUCAGUUGCAGCUUACUACAACUCCGUCGAAAAGAAUCCCAGGACUCGAGAAGUGAAUCACUAGCUUCCAAAGGUCUUGUGAAAUCAGAGGAGGAGUUCAGAUUAACGCAGGAGUUAAAACCAAAAGCGUAUAAAUGUAUGGUGUGGGGAUCUACGCAGCAGUGUCUACAAUUUCUAUUGAGGAGGGUAAAGGAAAAUGGAGAUGCGCUUGGAAGGACGGGGUAUUGGGUUGAAGGGUUUAAGAGGGAGAUAUGGAGGAGGGUGAGAAGUUCUUCUGGGAUGAAGAGGAGGAGAGUUUUGGAGAGUGCUAAUGAAGGGAUGGUUCGGAAGAGGGUUUUGUGAGAGGAUGCGUGGUUCUGUAGAGGGAGAUCAAGGAGAAAGGAGUUGUGGAAUAUGUAUGGAGAAGUUUGGAGUUGGAGUUUGUGAUUUGGUGGAGAGUAGUUGAGUUAGUGAAUACGUUAUAUGUUUUGACAAUCCAGGUUUUGAAAGCUCUACACACAAUAGAGUGACUUGUAUAAGCUAUACCAAAAAGCCAGAAAAAAAAAUUAGAAGUUACUUUAU